AUACCAAAUUAGGACAACAUCAACUUCAUAGCUUGGAGAUAACCAGCCCAACAAAUGAGAGAAGCCCAUACUUUGCUACAAGCCCAGUACUAUUUGACUGCAAUGAAAGUUUUCGAUUCUACUCCUGCCUUCACAAGUUACGACGAAAAGGGGUUAUGAUCUCAGUUUCUCUGACCAGAGUCUUGAACCCCAAGCGCUUCAUUUCCCCUUUCACCAAAACCUUCCGUCUCCCUCUCAUGGCCGCUACUAGCAACUCACCAAUUAGGGUUUCAUCUCCUCCUUAUUCUACUGGGUCACCUGGCUACGCACCCCUGAAGCGCGUGGGAACCCACAACGGGAGCUUCCACUGCGACGAGGCCCUUGGCUGCUUUAUGAUUCGCCUAACUGACAAGUUCUCUGAUGCCGAAAUAGUCCGCACUCGUGAUCCGCAGGUGCUAGAGGGUCUUGAUGCUGUUCUUGAUGUUGGAGGUGUAUAUGACCCAAGUCAUGAUCGAUAUGACCAUCACCAAAAAGGGUUUGAGGAAGUGUUUGGACAUGGAUUUUCGACCAAACUCAGCAGUGCCGGUCUUGUUUAUAAGCAUUUUGGGAAGCAGAUAAUAGCAAAUGAGCUUGGAGUAGAUGAAGAGCAUCCAGAUGUGCAUAGUUUAUUUUUGGCUGUUUACAAGAGCUUCAUGGAGGCAAUUGAUGCGGUUGACAAUGGAAUUAAUCGGUAUGACACAGACCAGCCUCCAAGAUAUGUAAAUAAUACCCAUUUGUCUGCCAGGGUAGGAAGAUUAAAUUUGGAUUGGAUAGAUCCUGAUCAAUCAGCUGAGAAGGAGAAUGAGGCGUUUACACAAGCAAUGGUGCUGGCUGGCAGUGAGUUCUUAGAUAAUGUCAGAUACCAUGCAAAAUCAUGGUUACCUGCAAGAUCAAUUGUAAUGGAAUGUCUUGCGGCAAGAUUUGAUAUUGAUCCUAGUGGUGAAAUUAUGGUUUUGACUAGAUCUUGCCCUUGGAAGCUUCAUUUAUUUGAGCUUGAGGUGGAGCUGAAGAUUGACCCUCCCAUUAAAUAUGUUCUUUAUCAGGAUGACAGAAGCAAAAAUUGGCGAGUACAGGCUGUAGCAGUAUCCCUUGAUAGAUUUGAAAGUCGGAAGCCUCUACCUGCUCAAUGGCGGGGUCUAAGGGACGAUGAACUAUCAAAACAAUCCAGAAUUCCCGGUUGUGUUUUUGUUCACAGUAGUGGGUUUAUUGGUGGAAACCAAAGUUUUGACGGGGCUUUGACAAUGGCAAAAUCAGCUUUGAAGCUCUAACCUCCAGAAAAACAGCGAUUCAAUUGCCAUAGUUCCAAUUCGAGAUAUUACUUACGAAUAUUUUUGCAGCAUCUGGACUAAUUGUUUCUACUCAUAUUUGCAACUUCUUAGGUUCUUGAUUCAUAGGAAGUGAUGUUUUGUGAAAUCAAUAUCCUUUGUACCAUUUUUUUUUGGAGUAAACAUACUUCUCGGCUUUAUGGUGGUUGUCCUAUGAAAUGCAGAUAUAUUUUGGUGA